AUGCCUACGACUACAUAUAACAUCGAACCGGCAGGCCCUGUGCUAGCUCAUUCCUUAAUCUCAUCAUCGGCAUCAUUCGCCGCGAACAGGGAUGCUUCGUUCUUAGAAUCCAGAGACCCAGACCCAAGCACAUCAGAGGCAUGGAAUCUCAAGCUCGAUAUUGCACAGGGCUUACACUCCUCCUCCCAUAUCUUUCGCCCAGGAACAGUGGUCGCAUUCUCGAGGCUACGAGGCAGACUUCCAAACGACAACGAUGACGAGUUCGUAGGCGAGCUCCCCCGACGCCUUCUGACAGACUGGCUCCGGCGUACUGCUUCCACUAUCGGUACACCAAAAUCUCAAAACAGGACGUUCAUAAUCCAUCCUGCAAAUCUAACCAUCUUCUCGCCCGAGAAACUUCUCGCCUCACUACUAUCCAACCAACAACCCCCUCUCUCACGCGCACAGGCGAUUUCAUAUCUUGACUCUGUUCAGCUUUUCCCGACAUGGCAAGCUCACCAACCCCAAGACGAUCAUGACCACGAGCAUGGAAAUGAGAAUCAGCACAGCACUCCACCGGACACCGGCCACUCAAUGACCCUCAUAGUCGCCGGUCUCGACACGCUCACGGAGGCUGUGAUCCGAGCGUCGAACGCCAUGAGGGGCACGGCCGUCUUGAGCAGUGCGCUGCGGACAUCAACCCAGCUAUCCCGUAUGCAUCGGCCCGACCUGUCUAUCCUAUUUGUGAACACAAGCGGUGUUGGGCCGAUAGUCCGUGAUAACUCUGAAGGAAGGCUGCCACAGAGUCAGAGGGAUCCCGGAUCCCAGCAAGCUCCGGCUGAUGGGCUUCAGUCGAUGUUUUCCGUAACGGAUGGGCCUCUCUUUCCGAGCCUGUUAAUGCGGACGCUUGACCAAGGUAUUGACACACAUCUUUUGAUGUCGAAUACAAGGAACGUCCCUGUGGUCGAGGUGAUUAAGGAUCGGGUGGGUAGUGGUGUUGGGAAAUGGUGUACGUGGAGCAGUACUAGGACAUAA